CAGGAAAGAAUGGCUUUAGGAAAUGACUCUUCAGUGACAGAAUUCAUCCUGCUGGGCUUGACACAGCAGCCAGAGCUCCAGCUGCCUCUCUUCUUGCUCUUCCUGGGAAUCUAUGUGGUCUCUGUGAUGGGGAACCUGGGCUUGAUGGUUCUGAUUGUUUUGAAUCCUCACCUGCACACCCCCAUGUACUACUUCCUUUUGAACCUUUCCUUCAUUGAUUUCUGCUACUCCUCAGUCAUAACCCCCAGAAUGCUGGUGGGUUUUGUAAAGCAGAACAUCAUCUCUCAUGCUGAGUGCCUUACUCAGGUCUUUUUCUUUGCCUUCUCUGCUAUUGAUGAAUGCUAUAUUUUGACAGCAAUGGCCUAUGACAGAUAUGCUGCCAUCUGUAAGCCCCUGCUUUACCAGGUCACCAUGUCCAAUCGGGUUUGCUUUUUGAUGACAGUUGGGGUUUAUGGGCUGGGGCUUCUGGAAGCCAUUACACAUACUAUCAACAUGCUAAGCCUGACCUUCUGUGAAGGCAACAUCAUCAAUCAUUACAUGUGUGAUAUACCCCCUCUUCUACAACUCUCCUGCAGAAGCACCUCCAUCAAUGAACUGGUGAUUUACUUUUUUGUUGGUUUUAAUGUAACAGUACCCAGCCUGACUAUCUUUAUUUCUUAUACCUUGAUCCUUUCCAACAUCCUUAGCAUCCAUUCUACAGGAGGUAGGUCAAAAGCCUUUGGUACUUGUGGCUCCCAUAUAAUAGCUCUUUCUCUUUUCUUUGGAGCUAUAGCUUUCAUGUAUUUUAAGCCUUCUAGUGCAUCUAUGGAUGAUGAUAAAGUAUCUUCUAUUUUUUAUACAAUUGUGGGUCCAAUGUUGAAUCCUUUCAUCUACAGUAUAAGGAAUAAGGAUGUCCAUAUUGCCCUUAGAAAAACUUUGAAUAGAAUCUCCUCUUUUAAUUAA